AUGGCUCUUUUUGGGAGAGUAAGAGGAUGUGUUUACACCAAAGCUGCUGACGUUGAUGCUAAUCUUGUUGUGAAGAAUGAAAGCAAUAUUCUAGAAGAUGACCCCAGGAAUCCAACUAUAAGAUACAAUGCUUUCCUGAUGUCACAACCAUCAUGUACUACUCUUGUAGUGGCUUCCAUCUCCUCUUUGAGAUUGACUCAUGACUUCACUGCAAUGUGUUAUCGACUGCUUAUUAGUUCCAUUAUAAUCCUUGUUUGCUUAAUUACCACCCUUUUUGCCUCUGAAUUUUUUGAAAUCAAGGUUGUCAAAGAAAUUGAACCAAGAUUGAAAAACCCGCUUAUUAUCUCCAUUGUUCUUAUGACUAUGGGCAUUGCAAUUGUUACCUGGCAUUGCACUUAUCCUUCACAAUUUUCAUUUGGUGCUCAAACAGUUGUGAAGAACUGGUAA